AUGGCUCAAAGGGCGCUGGGAGUGCUGCUGCCGUCCCCGGGCUGCUCCAGGAGCUCCCUCCUGCUCUCUCUGACUCUGUCUCUGCCUCAGGUUGUCCGGAGCCGCCUGGAGCAGAAGGGGAUCCCGGUGCACGACGUCAGGCUGAACGGCUCGGCGGCCAGCCACGUCCUGCACCAGGACAGCGGCCUGGGCUACAAGGACCUGGACCUCAUUUUCGGGGUGGAUCUGAAGAGCGAAGACGUUUUCCAGCAGGUUAAAGAUGUGGUCAUGGAUUGCCUGCUGGACUUCCUCCCCGAAGGUGUCAACAAGGACAAGAUCACGCCCGUGACCCUGAAGGAGGCCUAUGUGCAGAAGCUGGUGAAGGUGUGCAACGAGACCGACCGCUGGAGCCUCAUCUCGCUCUCCAACAACAGCGGCAAGAACGUGGAGCUCAAGUUCGUGGACUCCCUGCGGCGCCAGUUCGAGUUCAGCGUGGACUCCUUCCAGAUCAUCCUGGACUCGCUCCUGCUCUUCGGGGAGUGCUCGGAGAACCCCAUGGCCGAGAACUUCCACCCCACGGUCACCGGGGAGAGCAUGUACGGGGACUUCGAGGAGGCCAUGGAGCACCUGCGGCAGCGCGUCAUCGCCACCAGGAACCCCGAGGAGAUCCGGGGCGGGGGCCUCCUCAAGUACUGCAACCUCCUGGUGCGGGGCUUCAAGCCCAAGUCCGAGGUGGACAUGAAGGCGCUGCAGAGGUACAUGUGCUCCAGGUUUUUCAUAGACUUCUCCGACAUCGGCGAGCAGCUGAGGAAGCUGGAGGGCUACCUGCAGAGCCACUUCGUGGGCAUGGAGAGCAACAGGUAUGACUAUUUGAUGACCCUGCACAGGGUGGUCAACGAGAGCACGGUGUGCCUCAUGGGACACGAGAGGAGGCAGACCCUGAACCUCAUCGCCAUGCUGGCCGUGAGGGUCCUGGCUGAGCAGAACAUCAUCCCCACCGUCACAAACGUUACCUGCUACUACCAGCCAGCCCCUUACGUCAGCGAAAUAAACUUCAACUACUACGUGACCCACGUGCAGCCCUUCCUGCCUUGCAAUCAGUCUUACCCCACGUGGCUUCCCUGUAACUGAGGCAGGACGAGCUCCAGGGUCUGUCCUCCGAGGUAUUUCCUUGCCUUGGGGGGUCGGGAGAGUGGGGAGGGGGAGCAAAAUAAAACCUACCCACCUUCCUAGGACUGCAACAAGAGGAAACUUCCUGGACUCUUGCUUGAGCGUCUCGUUCCUGGGAUGGUUGGAACGAGCCUUGUCUGCUGUACACUGUGAUGGGAGGUGCAGUGCUAUGGGAAUGGCUCCUCAUGGAAUUGUGGAGGCAGCGGGGCGGGUGGGGUGUGUGAGGGGAGACUGUAGAAUUACGCUAAGGUAGAGCUGCACUGCCCUGAAAUGGAUCUGAAUUGUGGUUUUCUUUUAGUGCAGGAGGUGUUAUGGGUGUGCAAACUUGUGGUUUCUGCCAAGAGAAGCCAGGGUGGCUAAUUCCUUUGAAGGACCAAAGAAUCCUGUUUAAGUGCCUGUAACAAUAUAAACACAACCGUACUGUAAACCUUUAUUAUUUUUUGCGGGGGCUGAUGGCCCAGCGCUUGAGUGGGGAAUGUCUGAAGAGGAAAACGUUUCUGUCGUGGGUGGGGAGGGUGGCCAGAUCAUUUCUUAUCCUGGCUGAGGCCAGAGCAGCUCCUGUGUCGCCGAGGGGCUGGGGCACGGCAGUGCCUGUGAAGGACCAGCUGGAGCCAAAGUGGGGCUGCAGAGCCCGGGGGGGUUGGAAUGGCUGAAACUGGGAGCACUGGGGAGGGGGGAGAGCAUGGUGGAAAAUGCUGUGCAGGGCUUGCUGGAAAAAAGGCAGCAGGGUCCUACACAUGGAUUUCUUCAAGCUCCCAAGUCUGCAGUGCCAAAAUACAGUAGAGUUCCUAAAUGGUGAGGCAGGUGAUUUGUCCAGGAGCUUGCCCCAGGCUGCCAUACCUAAUCCUGUAUUUUCUAGGGGAAUUUGAAAUGCUGUUCUUUUUUUUUUUUUUUUUUUUUUUU